AUGGCACUAAACCAGAUCGUGAAUCCCACCAUGUAUCCAUCUCCGACAAUUCCACGGCGUUUCAUGGUGAUAUCGCCUUUUAAAACCAUAAACCCCCAAUUUUCUCGCCACCCACCACACGCACUCUCUCGCAGACUCUUCCUUACUUCUGUUUGCUCGAUUUGGGAUGCCAUAACAGGAGGCGGCGACUCGAACCCCCGCGAAGCCAUUGCAGCGGUUCGAAACGGAAUGCAGCUUUUCAAAAAGGGUGAUGUGUCUGGAUCGGUGACAGAGUUCGACAAAGCUAUCGUGUUGGAUCCUCGGCAAAAGGCAUAUCUUUGGCAACGCGGGCUUUCUCUUUACUAUCUGGAUAGGUUUGAAGACGGUGCAGAGCAGUUCCGGUUAGAUGUUGCUCAGAACCCAAAUGACACAGAGGAGUCGAUUUGGUGCUUUCUCUGCGAGGCUCGACUCCACGGUGUUGAUAUUGCACGAAAACAGUUUCUUCAGGUUGGUAGAGAUUCUCGGCCUGUGAUGCGGGAAGCUUAUAACCUAUUCAAGAGCGGUGGUGAUCCUGAAAAGUUAGUUAAUGACUUCUCGAGCGGUCAAGCGAGUGAUUACUUCUAUGCGUCGCUGUAUGCAGGGCUCUACUAUGAAGCUGAGGGUAAAUCAGAAAAUGCAAAGUUUCAUAUAACCGCGGCUUGUGGAUCUCCAUAUGGGCAGAGGUUUGAUGAUUAUAUGGCUUCACUGGCUAAAGUUCACUGCCUUUGUAGAAACUGGAGCUCCGGUUUUGUUUGA